GUUUUACUUUUUUUGACUCUAUUUUCUUUUCUUUCUCACCUUCUCUCUUUUUUUAUAUAUAUAUAUCUCUCUCUCUUUCUUUCUUUAAUUAAACUUAGUAUGGAAAAGCUAAUCUUGAGAAGGGUACAGCCUUUGUUAAGAAAGGAAAAGACUAGUAUAACAAGGAAUUCUAAUGAUCUUGUGAUUGACAAAAAGUCAUUUCAAAGAGAUCCAGUAGAAACAGAAAACUUGUAUAGAUCUUUGAUAACAGAACACUAUUCUAGUUUACCUAUCCCAACACAGAAAUGUGUACCUAUCAUGGCAUCCAGGGAACAAGUCUACUUUUAUGAAGCUCAAUUUGUUGUACCUGCUCCAAACUAUCCAAAGUAUCAAACUAUAAAAGAUCUUUUGUCUAUUUAUUCUUAUUCUAGUGUCGCGCCUGUGGGUAAAUUAGAGUUUGUAUUGAAUUUCUUUAAUAAUAUUAGAUCUAUGAACAUUAAUUUGGAUGUUGCUAUUGUUUGUGCUGAUGCAAAAAGUCAACACUUCUUGUACCAAGCAUUACUUCAAAAAGAAUUUAAUAUUCAAAUUAUUUCCCUAAUAGUACCAGAUUCUGGAAUGUAUGGCGUUAUUAUAAAGAUAAGAAAACAGGGUAAAAAGAAUACACCAAUUAGUCGAAUGGAAGUAGAUAUUAUUAUGGUUUAUGAUUCAGCUAUUAAUUAUCCUGAAACACACUUAAGUCAAUUUAAAGGAGCUUAUCAUCAUAGUCCUCAUGUCCUUUAUUUAACUACAAUGGAUACUGCGGAUAUCCGUUGUUAUAUUUCUGAAGUACAUGACAAAAAUAAUUGGAAUGAUUGUUAUGAUAAAGUAAAAAAUCAACAACAAGUAUUUCAUCAAAUAAAUCGACAUCCAUCUUUUGAACAUUUCAAGUUAUGGAACCAGUAUAUUUCAAAUCAAGUAGCUGAAUGGGCAAAGAAAAAAACGACAGAGCCAUAUCAUUAUUCUCAUCCUAACAAACAGGCUUCACGGGCAAAAGAAAUAUGGCUCUCAUUUCCUAAUCAUCAUAAAUCUCUUAGAACAAUACCAGAAUCAAAGUCUUCUUUGAUCACUAAAGUACCUACAAUAAAGGCAGCUUUUCCUGCCUUUAAAGGAAUUAGUAAUAACAGUAGUAAUAGUAAUAAUAAUAGUAAUAUUAAUAGUAGUAGUAGUAGUAGUAGUAAUAAUCAACCUACUGUUAUUACUAAUUCUUCUGACAGAAAUAGUAUUUCUACUUCUACAGUCAACUGUAGUACUUUUUCUCCUGUUCCUUCUACUACUAAAAAUUACGUGGCUUUGCCCACACCGGUUGAAAAGGAUAUCAAUCAUAAUAUUACCCCUGAACCGGUGAAGGGUACUAAGCCACUAGAGCCAAACGCGAUUCCUGUCCUACCGGAGUCCAAUUCGUCAUCAUCCGUUCCUGUUUCAAAUACCACAUCUGAUGAAGGUUCAGCAAUGGCUUUAUCAAAGAAGAGGCCAUCUAAUAGUAAUGAAGAUUCACAAACGUCAAAUCAAGAUACGUCUUUAAAUGAUUUACCAAGCAAGCGAGCUCGUUUAGAUGAUCAGGUAUCACAAAAAGUGAAACAUAAUAACGAUCCAUCUCAUAUAUGUAUAUUGUACCUAUCUAUUUAUAUCUUUUUUUUUUUUCCUUAUCAUUUAUAAUAGGCUACAACUCAGUCUAACACACAAAAUAUACCACAAGAUACUGUUAACGAUAAUCAAACAUCUACAACUAUUUCAAAUAAUAACUUAAGCUCUUUCUUUGAUGAUCUACUAGAGCAAUUUGAAAAAGACAUGAACAAUAUUAAUGUCAAGUUUUAAACAAAGGCAAUUUUUCUGCUUGGCAUUAUCUGUCUACAUAUGUUAUGUGUAUACCUUUAUCAUUUUGAUAUUUAAAGUAGUGUAAUAAAUAAGCAUUACACUUUCUAUAUGUUUAUCAUAUACAAUCCUCU